AUGUUUGAUCCCGAGAUAUUACGAAAAAUUUUGGAUUCAUCUAUAAAAAUAGAUAAAAUUCGUUUGUCAUAUGUGACUCGAAUUUUUCCAGAAUUCAAAGAUACGUCGUGUAUUAUUUUAUAUAAAGAAGUAUGUUGUACAGUAGUUGUAUUUUUUAAGAAUCAUCCAAAAUGUAUCGAUAAUAAUGAAACAAAUCAAUUUGACCUCACGGGUUCACCUUUAAAAUACUCGUUUGGAGAAGAAUUUAAUUUUGAAGAUAGCAUAAUUUUGGUAAAGCAAAAUUGGUACAAAGGGGAAGAGAAAUACUUUUUUAGUAAUGCAUUAAAUGCAUGCCUUGAAUUUAUAAAUGAUUCUUUUCCACCUAUAUUUGCACUUUGUGAUGGUAAAGAUAAUAAAACAAGCAGAUUAUUGGGUACAAGUAUUGAAGGAGAAUGGUUUUCUACAAUAGAAAUUUGUUCAGCUGGAACUGAAAAAUUUGAUAUCAUUAAAAAAUCUUCUGACUUUUUUCAACAACAUUUGGAACUUUCACAUGCAUGUGAACAUGAUAUUAAUAUCUCUGCAUUCUCUACUUUUGAUUUAUUUGGAACAAGAGAAGAAAUGAUUAAUUGGGAUCAUAAUGUCAAAAGUAAUUUUGAGGGGAGUCUUAGUGUAGAAGUAAAUACUUGUAGUUUAUCAUUACAUCCACCCACAAGGGCAUCCAAAAAUAACUUGGUUGCUCAAGUUGCUACAAAUUCAAAUAGUAGUCCUUUGAAAGAAUUAUGGAAACAGUUACUAUUGUUAAAUCAGUACUUAAAUAUAAUAGAAGAUUAUACAGAGAAUAAAAAUUCUCAAUAUACUGUAACACCUUUAGAAUUUCCGUGUAAUUUCAUAAGUCCAUAUAAAGAGGAUCAUGAUACAAUAUUGAAAAAUAUAAAUUUACUGUUGAAUGGAGAUUAUAGUUUUAGAUAUCCCAAUGGUACUGAAGGGCAGAAAAUUAAUUUUUUAAAUGAAGAAAAUUUAGAAAAUGAUGUAAACAUUCAACAAAGUGUACAGAGUCUUCCAUUUAGAUGUAAUUUAGAUUUUACAGACUUUUUAUGGGAUUUACUAAUAUUGAAUUCAAAUUAUCUUGAGAUGACAAAAUGCAUUUAUACAGUACUUGAAGAAACUAUAGUAAAUGCAUGUUUGCCACAGGUCAAUUAUACUAAUUCAACAAGAUUUGCCAAGAUUAUUAUCAAUCCACAUCAGCAAACAAUAAUUUCACAUUUAUUGUUAGGUAGUUUACCACUAGAAUACAUCAUAGAUAUGGGUUUUGAAAAAUUAUGCAAAGAUUAUCUAUAUAUUUUAAGAAAUGCAAGAUUUGGUGAAGUGCAUGAUAUUCAACAACAAUUAAAAAAUAUAUCUUGCAAUGAAUUUUCAGUUGAUAGCUAUAGGAAAAGAUUGAUAUGUUUGGCACAAAUUCAUGUAUGCUUGGAAUUCAUGUUACUGUUACAAAAUAAUUUAGAAUGUCCAAGUGAUGAUCUAAGAACUUUAUUUAGUUGUACUUUUAGACAAUAUGUUGGCGAAAAAUCACCUAUAAAGUCAUAUCACGAUUUACAUCAAUGCAGAAUUUACACUUUAUCUGCACCUCUUCCUGUUCCAGUAGUUAAUAACUUAUAUACUAAAAUUCCGUGUGUACGAAGAAUUUCACUUUCAUCCGAAUCUAAAUUAUCUAAAUUAACAACAAUUAGGUAUUAUAGCCAGUUACCCAUAUUUCCAACAAGUAUAUAUCCAUUAGACGAUUCAACUGCAGUGGAUGAGGCAUACUAUGUUACAAGUGCAAUUUGCUCAUAUAAAUUUAAUUCACAAUUAAUAAAAUAA